AUGCAAGAACCUUAUAGAACUAUACCUAAAAAAUUAAGAGAUUAUGGAAGUAAAUACGCUUCUAGAAUUCAUGGUGGUAAGAAUCUAACUUCCCAGCAUCUUAAAUUGCUUUCGAGAAUCGCAUUAAGGCAAGAAUCUGACCAUUUUGAUGCAGGUGAUAAUUAUGUUAUGGGUGAUACUGAGUCAGAAGAUGAUAGUCCUGAAUCUGACCAUGAAUCUGAUCAUGAAUUUGGUUCUGUUCCUGAGGCAAAUGGUUUAAAACCCCAACCUGACCCUCAAAAGUCUCAGACAAUAGAAAUGGAUUCCAUAUUAGCUGAAAUUGAUACAAUGUUAGCUAAAAUUUAG